AAAUCUUUGGAGUAUCUUUUCAUGCAUUACCACAAUCACUUGUGCCAGAAUAUGGAAGUAUUCCGAGCUUUCUUGUUGAUGCUUGUGAGUAUUUAGAAGAACAUAUUCAUACUGAAGGACUCUUCAGGAAGUCUGGAUCUCUUGUUCGCUUAAAAGCAUUAAAGAGUAAACUGGAUCAAGGUGAAAACUGCCUCUCAGCUGCAUUGCCGUAUGAUGUUGCAGGGCUUCUUAAACAGUUCUUUAGAGAGCUGCCAGAACCCAUCCUUCCAGUUCAUCUGCAGGAAGGUCUUUUCAAAGCUCAGCAGCUAGGAAAUGAGAAGAAAACUGCCACUGUGCUGCUUUCAUGUUUAAUGGCUGACAGAACAAUUGAAGCUUUGCGAUACUUUUUCAACUUUCUGAGAACUGUGUCCCUAAGAUCUAAUGAAAACAGAAUGGAUAGCAGUAAUCUGGCAGUGAUAUUUGCUCCCAACCUCUUGCACUCAAGUGAAAAUGAAAAGAUGACAGCCAAUACAGAAAAAAGAAUUCGCUUGCAGGCUGCUGUUGUGCAAACACUUAUUGAUCAUGCAGCAGAAAUUGGACAAGUACCAGAAUUUAUCUUGGAAAAGAUUCCUGCAAUGUUAGGUAUUGAUGCCCUUGAAUCUACGCCCUCACUGAGGGGCCACGAAGACAGUGAAAGUGAAUCUCCCAGUGAAUGUAAAAGGAGGAGACAACGAAGCGUUGGGGAUUUUGUUAGUGGAGCAUUGAAUAAAUUUAAAUCUAACAGAACACCCUCCACUACCCCCCAGCAAGACAAAAGUGUCUUUUCGUCAGUGACUCCAGUGGUUCUUACUCCAAGUACCAAGCGUAAACUUCCAACUGAUUGCUCUCAGGGCUUGUCUAGCAAGAAAAGACGAUCUUUUAAGCAUAGUUUUGCUUUUGAGUUGUUACCAAGUAGCAUUUUUAACAGCAGCUCAACACCAGCAUCAGUUCAGUUUGAUGCAAGCCCUUGUGUGUCUCUCGAGUCAUCUCAAAACUCACUAUCUCCUUCAACUGGUGGUGAAAAUCAUUUGUUCAGUACAGGAAACAGAGGAAUUAAAAGACGUACAAGUAAAAAGUUAUACAGGGUUGAAUCAGGAAAAACGGGUUGCUUUUCUCCAAAGGUUAGCCGAAAAGAAAUGGUUCGUAGGUCAUUACGCUUGAAGUUUGGUUUGGGGAAAAGCAAUAGAGACAUAAAUACCGUAUCAGGAUGUGCAGUUGGUAACAGAGCUGAAAAUAUUGGAAGGCGUCUUGCAGGCCAGCAAGAUUUGGAAAGCAGAACUGAAUGUGCAAAAAGAGGUGUACUCUUCAGCCCAUGUAUCGGUGAGAAAUUCCCUAAAAAAGGUUCAAAGAACGUGAGCAAGUCAGAAGAGAACUUGUUAACUCCAAAAUGUCACGAUAAAGUAGUUUACCGAAUGUCAUGGAAUAGUCCUAAUGUUACGGAUUCCCAGGAGAUCAGCAGCAAUGAGGGAAGUCUGCCAGGACACGCUGAAGCAGGAGUUGGUUCUUUGGAAUCUGUUUUCAUAGUUGGAAAGCCACCAGUUGUUCCAGAUGAGUUCAGAUCCACAACUGUAAACAAGCAAGACAGCAGCUUAAAGCUUUUGCUAUGUGAGGAAGAAAGUAAUUUAACUACAGAAACAUUACUCAAAGUUAAGAAAGCCUUUUCUGCAUCUGGAAGUAAUCUUUACAAUGUGAUAAAUGAUACAAAGUCAUCUUUCUCAGGUGUUGAAGAAGAAACAUUAAAUGAAACUCUGUGUCUCACAGGGCUCAGUCCAGAGAAAGAAAGGUUAGCUGAAACUUCUGGAGGUCUAGCGAAUACAGAAUCCAGACAGCUGUUUCACCAAUUUAAUCAAUCUUAUGCUAUCGAUAAACAAAAAUCAAAAAAAGAUGACACUAAAGUUCUGGAGAAAAACUUCCAAAGUUCUAUUGAGAUUGAACUUCAGGUCCAGAAACCAGACAUGAAAAAUGUAGUAGAACUUACUGUGCCUCAAGUAAUGGCCAGGGAGGAUGAGCUGACUUUUCAGAACAGUUUGUUAAAAGAUGACUUAAACAAAUGUGAUCCCUUUGGGAAAAAAGAGGAAAUAAAAUUAACACACACUGAAACAGCUGAAAACUGUAUGGUAAAACACUGUAAUUUGGAAGAAGAUACUACUAAACCUUCUGGGGUGGGACAGGUUCCCACUUCACAGCUGCCUAAAUCAGGAAAUGAACUAGGCAACCAGUACUUGCAAGCUGAAAAUUCUGAUAAAAUUUUAAUUAAAACAUCAACCGUUUCUGAUCAUGGAAAGGUUUCUGACCACAUACAUUGGUUCAACAAGCUUUCAUUAAAUGAUCCAAGUUCUGCAAGCAAAACUAAACCGCCUCUUAAAUUUCAACGUACUCCUGUUCGACAGUCUGUAAGAAGAAUAAACUCCUUGCUGGAAGCUAACAGACGAUCUGUAAGCUGUCAGCUAGUCCAAGCUACUGAUGUUGGUUCACCACUUGUUAAAUCUUUGAGCUACGAUUCUGCACUGUCUUCCUGCACAGAAAAGCCCUCAAAGAAUUCAACAGCUUUAUCACUCAAGAGUGAAAGUUCACAUGACCAAGUUUCUACAUCUCAUAAACAGCUGGACUUAACAUCGAAAUCGUGUUGCAGACGGUUAAAUCCAUUAGAGAAGCCUGAUGUUUCUGUAAGGACUACUGGAGUCUACAAACAGAAAGUGACUGUUAAUCCAUCAAAGUCUGUUUUAGAAGACCUAACCAAUCAUGAAACAGUGAAAUCUAGUUUAAAAGUCAAUGCAGGUGCAAAUAUUCCAGGUGCUGUGCCAGAAAAAUGUACUAUCACAAAAAAUCCUCUGGGAAAAGAAAAGAUUCGUUAUAGAGGCUCUCCAAAGAAUCCAAUAUCUAAAGUGAAACUCCUACCAACCACAAAACCAGUAGAUUUAUAGGAUUAAAUAGGAUGUCUAAAUGGGCUAAUUAGAACUGUUAACCUUUGGGAAAACUAAAUUUGUAUUUUUUAAGCUUUAAUUAUUUGAAAUUUUUUAAUUACAAGUCAUGGGCUUGCAGAAGUUGCUAUAUCUCUGUUUUAUGUUGAUUUUUUUUCAUUUUCCGAAGCUUUUUUUAUAGUUGCUAGCCUUUCAUCCAAAUGGUUUUGACUUAAAAAACAAAAUCUGGUUUUACAAAUGUUAGCAUUAUAGCUCAUACUUGAUCAUCUAAGAAUCUGUCAGAUAGCUUCUAAAAGCGUGCUGCAUGUCCCAAAAUAAUUCUUGCAGCAUUUAGACAAAAUAUCAUUUUAAAGAUUUUUUUCCCCUCAAACGUAAAACAAAAUCAACAAGACAUGUGAAAGAAAAUGCUUUAAUGCCAAAUAUUGGUGUAUUAAAUUUAUUUUCUUCCUAGUUUUAAGUGUGUAUUUUAGCACUGCCUUGAUAUUUAAGUUAGCCCUCACCCCAGCUCUACUUCUUCUGCGACCAUGACUUUUAUUUCUGUUGGAGUAAGGUGGGAGCACGUUUUCCUUUGAGUAGAUAAAUGAAUCAUAUUUUGCCGUGUGUGUACACAUAGUGGAAAACUAUUAGAACACAUGGAAAAUAAAUGUGCAGAUAAUUCAAGCAGUGAAAAACAAGUCUUAAAAGUUCCUCUGACAACUUAUGUUCUGCAACGUGUACCAAGUAUCUUUAGUUGUCAGCAGUAAGAUAUUUUGUCUUAAUAUGAAAAGCUGGUCUUAACUUAUUUUUAGAGUAAUAGAAUAGUGUUAGCUAGGUGGUGUAGAAGCAGAUUUUAGAUACUGAUUAUGUUGCAAGAGACAAAUGUAAAAAGCCAUACUGUCUUAAAAGUUGAUUUGCACAAGCAAAUGUUUACAUCUCUCAGAAUUAAAGUUGUUUGUCUAUCAUCAGUUCUAAAACUACUUAAGUGUAAACACUUGAAACUGUUCUUUAGCUUUCUGUGUGUACAGAUUGCUUGUUGGCAAAAUGUAAGAGCUGAAAGCACUGGAUGCUCUUGGUUUUAAUAAAACCAUUG